GGAAGUGAACAUGAGUGUGCGAUCCCUCUUUGGGUCCGGGGUGCCGCACGGGGGUUGGGCCCAGGACAAAGGAUCCGCCCCGUGGAGGUUUCCCUGCCGCGAGAAGGUCCGCCCUGCGAGCGGCUCCCCCCACCCAGGACAGAGUGAAGGCGGCGACAUUGACAUCAAUCAUAAGGGGCUCGUCUCGGUCUCCUGUGCGACUGACAGAUGGUGGUCGGAAGACUAGAAGAAUUGUAAAUAGCCCUAAUUACAGAAGAGGUAGCAGAUAUGCUCAGGGGACCUGCGCAUAUAAUCAUAAGAAAUAACAGUUCGAUUAGCAACAUUUUGCAGAGGAAGAAGGUAAUGAUGUCCCAGCAGAUUCAUUCUCGGAGAAUUGAAGGAUUAGACAAGAAUGUUUGGGUCGAAUUUACAAAACUUGCUGCUGACCAUGCGGUUGUCAACCUAGGACAAGGAUUUCCUGACUUCUCCCCUCCAAAUUUUGUAAAAGAUGCUUUCACAAAGGCUAUAAAUGGUGACUUCAACCAGUAUACCAGGGCUUCUGGUCAUCCACCAUUGGUGAAGAUCCUAGCAAAGUUCUUUGGGAAAUUACUGGAACAAGACAUUGAUCCAUUCACUGAAGUGCUCGUGACAGUUGGAGCAUAUGAGGCCCUAUUCUGUUUCUUCCAGGCGCUGAUUGAUGAUGAUGAUGAAGUUAUUAUCAUUGAACCGUUCUUUGAUUGUUAUGAGUCCAUGGUGCGAAUGGCAGGCGGCCAACCUGUAUACAUCCUGCUGCGUCCAAAACCGGUAUCUGGAAGGUUGAUGACCAGUGCUGACUGGGUAUUGGAUCCUGCUGAACUAGCAAAUAAAUUUAACAAGCAUACUAAAGCAAUCGUCAUUAACACUCCAAAUAAUCCUCUUGGCAAGGUUUUCAACCGUGAAGAGUUGCAGAUGAUUGCAGACCUGUGUGUGAAGCACAAUGUGUUGUGCAUUAGUGACGAGGUGUAUGAGUGGCUGGUAUAUGAUGCAAACAAGCAUGUGCGAAUUGCUAGCCUGCCAGGGAUGUGGGAGCGUACAAUCACUGUUGGAAGUGCAGGUAAAACCUUUAGUGCAACAGGAUGGAAGGUUGGCUGGGCAAUUGGACCCAAGGACAUCAUAAGGCAUUUGCAGACUGUCCAUCAGAACUCAAACUAUCAUUGUGCCACUCCAGCACAGCAAGCUGUAGCAGAAGGAUUUAUGAAAGAAUUUGGACGCUUAGGAGCACCAGACAGUUAUUUCACCAGUUUGCGUCAGGAACUGCAAUUGAAACGUGACCGGCUUGCUGCCUGCCUCAUGUCUGUGGGGCUAAAGCCAAUUGUACCAGAGGGUGGUUACUUCUUGAUUGUGGACAUCACAGGAGUCAAAGUUGAUCUGCCGGUUUCCACUGACACUGAGGAGCCACAUGAUUAUAGAUUUGUGAAGUGGCUCAUAACUAAUAAGGGCUUGGCCACAAUUCCAGUGUCUGCUUUCUACUCUUCCGACCACAAAAAGGACUUUGCAAACUUGAUACGUUUUUGUUUUGUUAAGGAGGACUCAACUUUAAGCAAGGCAGAAAAGAUCCUGCAAGAGUGGAAAAGUACGGUGCAGACCCAGUGAUCACUCCAAUACAGUGAACUUAUUAUUUUCUAAUUCAAUUAGUGGACAUAUUUAGUUGUAUUUGUCUUAUUUGGAAAAAAAUACUUUCAAAUGCACAAAAAAUUCAUAGUAAUAGUCUACCUCGAAUGAAAAAUGGCACUAGAUGCUGCUGAAGAUGGUCAUGUUUGCCAUGUUUUGAGGCAUUGAUGAAACAUGAAAUGGUCAGAAGCUCUUAAGCUUUCAGCCAAAGGAUUUCCAAUAUCAACCCAGCAUCUAACUCCAGCAAUAUUUACAGAGUGGGUUGCCUUUGUCAGGAAUAUUGCAGAAACUGAUGAAAUCUGAACCCACAUCAGUGGCUGCGAAGGAUUAGAAUAAUGUGGGGUUUGAUCUUAGUGUAAUUAUUGGUGUGAUAAUACUGAAUUGUUCAAUUAUUUUUCAUUUUUUGGGGGUUUAUAAUUUAAUAUGGUGAAUCAUUUAAUUAUUUCUAAUCAACCUGUUCAGUCAUAUAAUGCACUCUGGGACAGAUUGGAUUUGAAACUGGAUUGUCUUGUCCAAUGGUAAGGAUACCAUCACUGCAUCACAAGACCUCUUCAAAUUAUUUUUCAUCAACCUGUUGGACAUGUUCUUUUGACCUAGAGGUAGGCAUACCGUUAUAUUUAGUUGAUGCUUUGCCUAUGAGUUGAUUGGUUAAAUAAUUGAUCACAUUUGUGUUAGAAUUAGCUGUUACUUGCUGUGUAGUUUUUGCAACAGCUGUCUGAUUAUAUACAUUAAGAAUGAUUUAAGAUUUACUUGGUGCCACAGUUGUAAGUAAGCAGAAUGCUAUGCUUGUUCAACUUGUAAGAUUGAUGGUGAUCACACUGUGUUCUGCAGGAAACUCGUUACUGCAGAUUGUUUUCAUUUCUUCUGUUCUAUAUGGCUGGUUUAAAUUCAACUGUGUGUUAAUGUCAGGACAUGAAUUUGAAUUAAACAUGUUAAAAAUG